AGGCGGAGCUUGACAGAACUCAUUUAAUGGGCAAACGUUUAUUAAUUCAAGCACAGUGUGGAAACGUUGCGAGGGGACAAGAUCGGUAACUUGGAACUCACGGAUCCACGGACUGGUCAUUCACCUUCAGCCGUUUACAAAUCCACCUGUUCAUUCAAUUAAAUAUGUUGAAAGUGACAUUAGGCCUCGCUCUGGUGACUCUGGUUGCUUGCUCGCAGUGCCCCAACAAUGAAGUGUGUGAGGCAGGCCAGACAUGCUGCCAGGAUCCCACCGGAGAAUUCAGCUGCUGCCCUUUCCAUAACGGAGAGUGCUGUGAGGACCACCUGCACUGCUGUCCUGAAUACAUGCUGUGCAGUGUUACAGACUCCAUAUGUGAAAACGCUACACUUGCAAUGCCGUUUGUGAAGAGGAUACCAGCUAAACAGACAGACCAUCCCAAAUCGUUCAGAAUGAUUCCCUCAUUACCGGCGAGUGAGAAUGAUAUCACCUGUCCUGAUGGCUCCUUCUGUCCUGCUGAGUUCUCCUGUCUGCUGAUGGCUUCAUCAUAUGGGUGCUGUCCUGUAGCACAGGGUCUUGUGUGCUCAGAUGGGAAACACUGCUGCCCAAAAGACCAUGAAUGCAGUGCAGACAGCAAGUCCUGUGUCAAACUAAAAGAACCAGUCAAGACUGUUCUUUGUGGAAAUGGGAUCUCAGAGUGUCCCGUGGACACCACAUGUUGUGAGGCAGAAGAUGGUCAGUGGGCAUGCUGUCCAGUGCCAAAGGCUGUAUGUUGUGAUGAUAAAAUCCACUGUUGUCCAGAGGACAGUGUCUGUGAUGUUGAAGCCUCCAAGUGCAUGUCCUCCACCAAUCAGGAGCUGCCUAUGUGGGACAAGUUCCCUGCUCGUCUUAGAGCUGAAUGGGAAGAUCACAAACCUGCAGAAAUGGGAGCUGAAGCUGAACUCACUACAACCAGACAAAUCACUACUGCUGGCAACCAAAUGACUAGCCUGCCUGGUGUACUACCAAAGACCUCUGACGUUCCCUGCAAUGACACAGCGGCCUGUCCAGAUGGAAGCACAUGCUGUAAGACUAAAGAGGGAGAAUGGGCCUGCUGUCCUCUGCCACAGGCUGUGUGCUGUGACGACUUCAUCCACUGCUGUCCUCAUGAUACGACAUGUAACACUGCUGCUGGGUCUUGUGAUGACGCUUUAGGAUCUCAGCUCUGGUUCGAGAAGCUGCCCGUUAAAACAAUCAGCAGCCAGGAUGGGGCUGUUACACAAGUGACUUCGGUGCAUUCAGAUGUGCCCUGCAAUGACACAGCGGCCUGUCCAGAUGGAAGCACAUGCUGUAAGACUAAAGAAGGAGGAUGGGCCUGCUGUCCUCUGCCACAGGCUGUGUGUUGUGACGACUUCAUCCACUGCUGUCCUCAUGAUACGACAUGUAACACUGCUGCUGGGUCUUGUGAUGACUCUUCAGGAUCUCAGCUCUGGUUCGAGAAGCUGCCCGUCAAAACAAUCAGCAGUCAGGUUGGGGCUGUUACACAAGUGACUUCGGUGCAUUCAGAUGUCCCCUGUAAUGACACAGCAGCCUGUCCAGAUGGAAGCACAUGCUGUAAGACUAAAGAAGGAGAAUGGGCCUGCUGUCCUCUGCCACAGGCUGUGUGUUGUGACGACUUCAUCCACUGCUGUCCUCAUGAUACGACAUGUAACACUGCUGCUGGGUCUUGGUACCUCUAA